UCUUACCCAGCGUGCACUGCGGCUUAUCGGUGACUGCUGCUGCGGCUUUCGGGCAAUGUGCUUUUGUAUUCGGUGGCAAAGAAGCGCGGCGGCUAUCGGCGCUUCGUGAAAACCCCUCGGUAUCGGGCCCGAUGCCGCCGAAAAAGAAAGACAGGCCUCCCGCCGAAGCGCCCAAGCCGCAGCAGCAGCAGCGCCCGGAACCACCCCAGCAACAUGCCUACGCCGACCACGAGCUUUUUCUCCAGGCUUUCGAGAAGCCAACUCAAAUUUACAGGUAUCUACGAACCCGGCACGUAGCAUCGCCUAUCUUUCUUCAUAGAACAUUAACUUAUAUGAGUCAUCGCAUGUCACGGAACCACAAGAAUAGGAAACAUUUUAAAGUGGACAGUCUUCUACAACGAGUACAAGCACAACAAGAUCCAUCAUCAUGCAGAGCGCCGAGCCAAAUGACAUUGACAUUCACCGGCUUCUUCGACCGCUCGACAAAGAGGGACAUGGUCACAGCAGAAGCAGUCAUCCUAAAGAUUUGCAACAAAAAGAAGAAGGAACUGGAACUGCCGUUGGCGCAGCUUUCAGCGCCGUUUGUCUAUCACGUGCCAGUGGGCAGCUGCGAGGUGCCACACAAUCCCGAAGGAGCCGCGCACACCAGCGGCACCUCUGGCACCCGCACGACGGCCAUCACGGUGCCUGGCAACAGCUUUUGCCCAAACGGAACCGGUCUCGUGCGGUCCUACGUGCUGUUGCUGCGAGUGACCGCUGGCAGUCAGGUCAACGAGGGCGACAAUGGAGUUCCUACAGUGGAGCCGCCGUCCAAAAAGGCCCGGCGCAACGGGUGCCACCGUCCCCCAGCUUCCAGUGCUGGCAGCGGAACUGGUGCUUGCGCUUCUGCGGAAGAGAGUCGCCACUAUGUGGGCGAGAUGGUUGUGUACGAGCAGCAACGGUGCCUCCUCAGCGAGGGUGAAUACCAGCUGAUGCUGAGGCCUUGGGGACCAAAGGCAGCGCCUCUCGCUCGAACGGCGUCUUGGGAAAGCCUCAACCAUGUAGAGGGUUCCCCGCCCCUUGAGGCAUUUGAGAAGUGCCCCAAGGUGGCAUUCCGGUUGAACUGGGGUCCAUCCGAGGAGAGCGCCAAUGCAGAAUCUUCAGACCUUGUUCGAACGACCCGGCCUGUCUUGUCCCCCGUGGAACUGAAUGUGGCUGAACCUGGGCACAAGCACACACGCAGCAGACGCAAUGGCGAGAUGAAGGCAAGUCAGCAGCAGAUACAACAGCAGGGCAGCGGACAGGUCCAGAAGAGUUCGAACAAGGCAGGCAUGGGCCAGCGCACGCGAGUGGUGUACCAGUUUGUGUACCAGCAGCAGACGCGGCAGCAGACGGAGGCACGGGCCGACAUGCGCUGCCCCUGGUGCCUGCUGCAGUGUCGUCUGCUGGCUGCCCUCCUCAAGCACCUCAAGCUCUGCCACGGGCGCUUCACAUUCGCCUACGUGCCUCAUCCAAAAGGAGCACGCAUUGACGUCUCCAUCAACGAGUGCUACGACGGAUCGUACUCUGGCAACCCGCAGCACUUUCACACUCAAACGGGAUAUGCCUUUGGCUGGACCGGUCCUGCUCGUCGCACUCCCGUCACCUAUGUGAUGGUCUGCCGACCCAAGAGAGCACCUCUCACCCUCUCAGAGUUCAUGGAGCAAGAUGAACCCGACAUUGAGCAGCCACGACCCUACAUGUCUGGACACAACAGGCUCUACUACCACACGGAGACGUGCUUACCCAUCAGGCCUCAGGAGAUUGACCGAGACAGCGAAUCAGAGGAUGAUCCUGAAUGGCUGCGCAUAAAGACUCAGAUGAUGAUUGACGAGUUCACCGAUGUAAAUGAGGGAGAGAAAGAGCUGAUGAAGAUGUGGAACCUGCACGUCAUGAAAUACGGGUUCGUCGGGGACUGCCAGAUAGCGUACGCCUGCAAAACGUUCGUGGAGCAAAAGGGCCCCGAACUCAUUCAGCGCAACCUGUACCGCAACUUUGUCCUGCACAUGUGCAACCUGCUCGACUACGGCCUGGUCAGUGCCUCGGUCGUCUACACGACCGUCCGGAGACUGCAGGUGUACUGUGACGUCAAGGACCGCCGACUGCGCCUCCCCGUCGAAUAUUCGUAGCGCCGUUUUCGACCUGUGCCUAGUGGUGGAAGAGAUCGGGUGUACAGUCGAAGAAAGAAAUAAGACCCGAAAGAGUCUCGCGUUACGGAGCCGCGAAUGGUGCGACAGUUGCGAUUUUUGGAGGAAAGUGCUGCCCCCUUUACGAAGGGUUAAGGGUACGAAGAUGCCAGUGGCAUUUGCCUUCAAAGAUCUUCUGCCACUUUGCCCCUACGACCUGUUGUGGGUAGGGGGAGAUUUUCGCUCGUCAAUUGCCGCGAUUCGGGAACGGAACAGCUUGUAUAGGUCAUCUGCCAGCUGGGCUGGCUGCAAAAGCUUCACGAGAAGCUGCGCAGAGGUACUAUGCGUGUAGAUAACCCGCUGAUAAAUAUUGAUAAUUUGAGUAUAGGGGGGCCAUGUGGAUGCAAGUCAAAAUGCAACGGGCACGGGUUUUUUUGGUGUGGCAGACAAGGUUAAGUUUGCACACCUGCGUGAUCCUCUCGGGAGAUGUCUGGUUCUGCCACCACUAGGGCAAGCCUUUCUCCUGCACCACAAACCGAAUACUGGCACCUCAAGGAUGUUGCGCUGGUCAUGCGUGCAGCCGUUUGAAGUGAGGAAGAACGGUGCCGAUUUGGCACUUUCCUAAAAAAAAACUCGGCCCAUUACGGCUGGCAUCGGCAUGCGAUAUGCCUUAACUGGUAGUACAAAACUUGCCAAGACAGCUGUAACCUGCCAUGCCCCUUGCCUCAAUUGGAAUGACCAUCCUAUCUAGCGGGACCAGCAUUACGCUCCGCUAGGUGUUCGGGGGGGGACGGGGGGGGGUGCUCUUAACGUCUUCAGCUAGGCCUAGGGCGCGCUGCAUGACAACAAGCAUUGCAUAGUGGCCUCGCAAAGGACUUUCUUGUCUGCUUUUGCAAGUCGAGUUGAAAGCUAUUCGGAAAGCUAGACAAGUGCAUAUUGUCGAGGAGCUUCAUUUUUUAAAAUCGUUUACCAGAUUCAUGAAGGGUUUGUAUUCAUGUGUUUGGUGCCGUUUUUUUUUUUUUUUGUGUUUUCACAAGGCUUCUGCUCUGCAGGGUCGUUAUGCCUUUGAAAUUGAAUGUAGUGUUGCAUCUGGAGCUGUCAAGUCAAAGGAAUGACAGAAGACCAACCUGUAGAUGUGUGAAUGUGUCGCAUUGUUUAAGGAACACUGUUUUAAAAUGGUUUGUUGAAGUAAGGCUUCGAGAUCCCCAAUGUUUCGGAAGGGUGGAAGGAAGCGAACUUUGUAAAUUUAUGAUGCUGUUCUUAAGCAGCUCCAUGGAAACUGGGCUCUGUAUGGCCAAUAUCUGUUCAUAAGAAAGCUUGUGUCGUGUUACAGUAGUGGUACUGAUGAAUGAAAAUGUCAGCAGGUUGGAAAUUCAGAUUUCUGUGCAUGCGGAGGCAGCAUUUACGGUCGCUGUCGUCGGGAAUCCUGUUUCUGAAGCGUCCUGCCAAGAUACGAGUUGUAGUGAUAGAUCUCCGAUGUGUCAGGUGACAGAGCAGAGGGAAUUUAAUGUCAUCACCCCAUACAGGCGUUGGGUUUUGGAUGCUGAAGUGAUGCCAAAUGAAAAACUGCCAGCACACACUGUGUUCAUGUCGUAUUAGUGAGAAUGCUAUAAGUGGAAACGAGUAGUAAAUAAUUUGAACUGUGAACAUUGAAAGCCUGUACCGUGCUGCUCAUUCAUCACCUACGCACUAAGUCUCAGUUUGUUGCCCAUGUUAGGAAUUGGGGUUCGGGUAACCCAUUAGCCUGCCAACGAUCAAGAGUUUUGGGUGGUAUGUAUGCACCCUAGCAUCUGGCGUCUUAGUGGUGUGCCGAGACAGAAGUGCCAACGGCAGUGCUGGUAGUGAUGCAAGGUGGCGCUGUCCUCAAGUGCACCGUCACCAGGCGCAUAAUUCGACAAGAUGCCUUGGGCAGUUUGGUCGAGCAGAGUCUCGCAGUCUCGCUGCCAGAGCAGCUGUUAGCAGUUCUGUUCGUGUGUGUCGCUAGAACGGUAACAAGCUAAAACCAAUCUUGGUGGUAACUGUAGUUGCCCUCCAAAAAGCCGUGGGUAUGGGUACCUGAACAGUGUAGCAAUUUGGUGAUGUGAUAACUUGGUUGCUCUGUUGUUUUGGCUUUUACAAUUUCCCAGGCCUCUUUGUUGGUGCGGUAGCAGACCUUAAACUUUUGGACCUGUGUUCUGUUUCGCGAGCAUUGUUUAAUUGCGCUACAGAAAGUGUUGAACAGUGCUUAUGUUUUAUAAGCUUGCAUAAUGAUAUUGCUGCAACCCAGGUUAAACGCCUUAGGAGAGCAAUUCUUGGGUGCAUGUGUGGUCAUAUUGUGUGAGUGACACAGCUUGACAUUUAUGGUUGAGGCCCGUUGGUUCCAGGACAGAAAAGCCAAUAAAAAAAACGAAAGGAUGGCAGAGAGCGCUAUCUUCAGGACAGGCACUAGGACAGGAAUCCUCACGCCCAUUUUCUCUUAUCCUUACCGGCAUACUUUUUAUCUGUCUUCCUGUUCAGAACCUAUAUUACUUCUGGUGUUUUUGUUGCAAAAUCGGUACGUGCCGCCUGAAAAGUUUUUCAGAUGCUGCAUGUGGCCAGGAGAUUCCACAGUUGUUUUCGAGAGGAACAGUUGGGACGGUAAUCAAGAAUCGUAUUGUGCUUCGUCAUUGGCUCAAGGGCGGGCAUUGUUGCUUAGACAGGGCAGUCGGCGCAGCGGGAUGGUCAGGAUGGAAUACAAUAGGGGCGGUACUGUUGCAAUGGACCGUCAUACAAAGUUAAAUGUUUUAUAAGCUGUGUACCAUGUUGUAAACAUUAGAAAGACGAGCUGAAAGCAUAAAACUGUGUGUGUGGCGUUAAGAAAAAGUGUUAAGAUGAUUAUGAAGCCUCGUGGCUGCUGGGUAGCUUUAGCAAAUCGCGAAAAGGGUCUUGGUCGGUACGCUUGGUGUCCGGCACCGUGCAGUGUACUGUUCCUGCGGUCUGCUAAACUGACUUCUGGUUGGCGCAUGUCAGCAGCCUUCACCUCUUUUGCAUGAAAUCUGUGUACACCAUAGCUUGAGCGCGCAACUUUCACGUCUUGAACUCGCAUGUAUAACAGAAUCCUGAGAGAGCUUGAGCAUACGGUUACAAGUACCACCCCUGACAGGUUCCACUCUGUGCACAUGCUCUAGAGUCUAGCGGCAUCUGGCCAAGGCUAUAAUGGUACGGGCGAUAUUGCUAUGCUAAAGUUGCAUUUGAAUGUUGGGCGGUUUCAUGAAAAAUAUUCAUCCGUUAUUCUCUGAUUUCAAGAUUAAGAUGUGAUAGCUGCAGGUGACCUCGCUCGCACUUGCUAUGUUAACAUUACAGAGCGUUGUGCAAACUAUACUUAUAGGUAAAAGAGUGCACUGAGCAAGUUGGUAAAGAUUUGCAUCGAAAAGUCAGUGCGGAAGCAAAAAAUGUAAGGACGAUCUUGUUGUGCCUCUUGUGUAUCUGCCUUCUGGGCUGUGUUCUCAACAUUUUUUUUAGCGCGUUACCGAUAAAUCUGUCAUUAUAGCUAUUACAGACUUUAUCCAUGCGCUGUGUGAAUUAGCAAGUGGUUGCAAAGCUGGAACUUGGCAGGUUCAAUAACACUAUGCCACAACUCUCUAGUAGGAGUAUUGGUUCAAGUAUGCUUUCUAGCGCAAUUGAGACACAUCUGCCAGUCAAAGAAGGCUACCCCAUUACCUCUGUUGUCAUCACUGUAGCUGCUGUAAAUGUUAGCUAGCUGCACCGCUACGGAACAAGUCUUUUCAGUUUGCACGGAGAACAUUGGCAUUUGGUCCUCAAGCCCACAAGAAAGGCUGCAUUCUUCGCUAGUCAAUAAAAAUUUUAACGGUCCUCCCAUCCAUACAAGGCAGAGGCUGUGGAGUUUCUGAAACCACAGUGUUUGUGCGAAACUCCGUAGCUCAAGCGUAUACAGGCUGGCUGCUCGGUUGCGUGUUUGUGAGAGUUUUGUGCCAUGGUAGCAGUGCCGUCAGCCCUUGAUAGCUGAGUGCAACUUCUGAAACACUGCCACAGUAAUGUUUUUUUUUUUUUUUUUCAUGCACCUCGCUUGUACCAUAUGCUAGAGUUGUCACCCUUCAACUGAUACCACUGUAGUAAAUGAGUACCACUUUUGAAUUCACCAACAAAACCUUGCUGUUCUCAUUGCGAUCUUCUUGUGCGGAAAAAAUGUCAUUUGAAUCAUGGUUUGCCAAUUGUUCUAGCCGUAAAGGUCUGGAUCAGUCACGGCAGCUGCAUUGUCUAGCCGGAAUGGUCCAGGACAUGCAGCUAAAUGUUAUGCUGAUGAGGUGCCGCAUUUUCUAUCUUUUCUACAUGGAGUGGAGGGCGGGGAUCAGUUGUACUUUGUCAGAUGCAAAUAAGCGGUGAACUGUGCUGAAAUGUUUUUGGGACUAAGACAUACAACACAUAAGACACACAACACAUUUUGGGACUAAGACACACAACACAACACAGGUAAUCAUUACACAUUCAACUGGCCCCUGAAAAGUAAUUGUAUGUGAGGGGAAGACCACUCAAUUAUUCGCCUAUCCCCUACAGUUUGUGACAUUUUUGGAGGAAAUCAAUAUCAAAUGGGCAACCAUACUAAAUAUGUUUGGGAAGGAAGGACGGAAAGAGUGGAAAUAGUAUUCAUUGGGGUAUGCAAAGGACACUACACACAGUGGUUUAACACAGGAAAAAUGUAUUAAAGGCACCUUUCGAAUUUAAUCUUUACUGCACAGUGUCAAGGUCAAUGUAUUGUCACAGCUGUAUCCUGUCAAUCAAGAGCAUGGGCAGCGGUUGUGGAGGUCAAUUUACCGUCGGAGAAAAUUAUUUCCUGUGCAAGCUUCGUUCUUUUCAUAAGCGCAGCCAUUGCCAAAUUCAACCACUUUAGUUGGUUCACGUUGCAGCUGCACAGUUGCGAUCCUGAGCGUGAUUUGGCACAUGAGAGAAUUCAUGCAAAGUUGAUACAAGUACAGCCUCUGAACUGGCUAGGAGCAGUUGAAAGAAAAUGUAGUCGACGAAAGAAUCGGGCUACGCAAUUCCUAAAUGGGAUAUGUUUUCUGUAACUGACCCGUACCCUCCACUUUAUUCAUUCAUAAGAAAGCUAUUAUGCAACUGAUGUGAUCGAUCCAGGCCCAAGUGCUAGAAAGAUUGGCAGUCUGGCCUUGCAAAGAGGCAUUUGUUCUAGCAUAUACUGUUCUACUGCUGUAAUCCCUCUGUGUUUGCUUGCACACAUUAUUUAUUCUGUUAUGUAUAAACACGCCUUCUUUUUUCUUUGAACAUGCCUCUGUCAGUGUAAUUACCUGUACUUGUUUACAUUGCCGUAUGGAAUGCACGUGAUCACGUAGAUGUUUUUUGUACCAUUUCGAACCUCGACGAUCGAGGUUUUUCGUUAGGCAGACGCUAAAGCUCAUAUGCUCGGCUCUGCUCUUAAAUAAAACAUUCAUCUAAA